AUGCUUAAGUCAGGUGACAAGCGACAUGAGCAUGCUCCGUGGCCAUAUGUAUGUGAAAAAUUAAAUUAUGACGAAAAAGAUUCGAGACGAACGGCGGAACGCUGUACGUGCGGAAGUGCCGCAACCCUUCGAUCGGAUGCCUCCCUUCGGUCGGCCGCCGCUGGAGAGACGGAGAGAAAAUGGCAGAUGAAUAGAAAGGCGUACCGAGUGUACUUGCGAUGCGCCGAGCGGAAGGAUGAGGUGGUUCUCGACUCCGCGGGCUACGGAGGGUCCUUCAGGCGAGGUUGCUACCUUGGAGCACAACCUGACGAGUGGUGUCCUGACAAGCAGCCUGUUGCGUGACCCGAGCGAUCAAUAUCUGUGCGGGCGCAACACCCGCGACUGCUCCUCGUGUCUUCGUAUAAACUGACGCGCCUCUCGUACGCCUCUCGGCUGCGCUGCGUUUCCUUUUCUCCCCUGAGUUUAAUCUUUUUCGCUUUGAGAAAACCUCGACACGGUGGUAACGUAUCGUUCCGUAUUAAAUGCCAAGCCUGGCACGAUACGACGGUCGUGACGGAAAAUGAGACGCGCGUGCGAGCAUUCGAUGGGUAUUUUUUUAUCAAACUUGGACAUGGGUGCACCGGACGAAACUUUCCAAACGAUUCUGCUUCGAUUUUAUUUUAAUUUUGUGGUCAAAUUUGGUU